AUGAAACAAAAAAUAGAUACCCAAGAUGGGGAGAGACAAACGGGGAGAAAGGCUCAAGUCUCGAAUAUUACGGCUGCAAAGACAGUAGCAGACAUCAUUCGGUCCUGCUUAGGACCAAAGGCAAUGCUAAAAAUGCUGUUAGAUCCCAUGGGAGGGAUAGUUUUAACUAAUGAUGGACACGCUAUACUUCGAGAAAUCGAAGUCUCACACCCAGCGGCAAAAAGUAUGAUCGAACUUAGUAGAACACAAGACGAGGAAGUUGGGGAUGGGACUACAACAGUAAUCAUUUUGGGCAAGUCCGGAGAAAUUCUAGCCCAAGCCUUGCCACAGUUAGAACGCAAUAUCCACCCAGUAGUGAUCAUAUCUGCUUUCAAACAUGCUCUCAAGGACGCCCUCGAAAUCGUUGAGGAAAUAUCAAUCCCUAUUGAUGUCGAAGAUGACAAGGCUAUGUAUCAACUAAUUGCCUCGUCAAUCGGCACGAAAUUUGUAACUCGAUGGUCGGAACUCAUGUGCAGUCUAGCUCUCAAAGCUGUCCGGACUGUAACUUUUGAUAUUGGGGGUGGAAAGAAAGAGGUUGAUAUCAAGCGUUAUGCUCGUGUUGAAAAGGUUCCUGGCGGCCAGAUUGAGGAAAGUAGGGUCCUCGAUGGAGUCAUGCUAAAUAAAGAUAUUACGCAUCCAAAAAUGAGAAGACGGAUAGAAAAUCCUAGAAUUGUGUUAUUGGACUGCACUUUGGAGUACAAGAAAGGGGAAUCUCAGACAAAUAUUGAAAUUACUAAAGAGGAGGACUGGAACAAAAUAUUACAAAUCGAGGAAGAACAAGUAAAAAUCAUGUGUGAUGCAAUUCUAGCUUUGAAACCAGAUCUAGUUAUUACUGAAAAGGGGGUAUCCGAUCUGGCACAGCACUAUUUCGUGAAGGCAAACGUAACGGCCCUACGUCGAGUUCGAAAAACCGAUAACAACCGUAUCGCCCGCGCGACCGGUGCUACCGUCGUCAACAGGGUUGAGGACCUCCAAGAGUCUGACGUAGGAACACAAUGCGGCUUAUUUGAAAUCGAGAAAAUCGGAGAUGAAUACUUCACAUUUAUCACCAAGUGUCAAUCGCCCAAGGCUUGUACAAUCCUGCUCCGAGGCCCUUCAAAAGAUGUUCUGAAUGAAAUUGAUCGAAAUUUAGCCGAUGCUAUGGCAGUGGCUAGGAAUGUCAUGUUCCAUCCUCGGUUGUCUCCAGGAGGUGGUGCUACCGAGAUGGCUGUCGCAGUGAGACUAGGCCAACUCGCCAAAGGUAUUGAAGGAGUACAACAAUGGCCCUACAGAGCUGUUGCCGAAGCUAUGGAAGUAAUCCCAAGGACUCUUAUUCAGAAUGCUGGUGCUAGUCCAAUCAGGGUUCUCACAGCAUUGAGAGCUAAGCACGCAGAAGGUGAAAGUUCGUGGGGUAUCAAUGGUGACAAUGGAAAACUAGUAGAUAUGAAGGAGUACAGUGUUUGGGAACCUGAAGCAGUCAAAUUACAGAGCAUCAAGACGGCAGUAGAGUCUGCUUGUUUGCUUUUGAGGGUAGACGAUAUUUGUAGUGCUAAAGCUGCGAGACAGGCAGGCGGUGGAGGAGCUAGUCCUGGGGAUGAAUGA